AUUUUGCUCCAUCAUUUGCCAUGGCAAUUCAGAGUCAAAUCACAACACGAGAGAGGCCGAACUGAAAAAAUUUGAAGCUACCACGAAAAAACGUUUGACAAUAUAUUGGCAGAAAAUUCUACAAAUUUUCCAGAAUGAAGCCUUGGAUACAAAUUGUUUUGACAUCACUAGCUUUAGCUUUGGUGCCACCAGCACUUUUUCAAGAGGUUAUACCAGACCCAGCGGUAGCGUCCACAGAGGGAGUACAGAACAUGGCCCAAAAUUGGGACAUGGGGGGUGGCGAGGUCACUUAUCCACAGCAGCCUUCCCCGACGAACUUUUACCCUGGGGGCGAAGGCGAAAUAACACCGCAAGACUAUCCUCAAGUACCAGACGGAGAAAACCCCUUCUUGACAGAGCAACCUGACUAUGGCCCUGAAGUCAAUGGUCGAACCCGUUCGUCAACUUCGACCACCCCUUGGAACGGAAAAUCAACUUUGAAGUCCAUAUAUAGCAACAACAGGCGCACAGAUCGGCGCAAAUAUGGAGGUUCCGACACGAGGCAGCCAAAUGUUGGCGGCAAUCGAAGGUCAAACUCUCAACAAUCAAGCAAUAAUGGUGCAUUGUCCGCUUUGAAAUUUGAUGCAAAGUGGAAUCGCAUCGGAAUCGGAAAAAAUGGCGACUAGGUUUAAUUUUGGUAAAACAUUUAGAAAAGUUUAAUUUUUGUAUAAAAACUAGUGAUGGAAUAAAAAUGUGGAAAAUAA